GCCAUAAUUACUGAACCUCAGUACACCAACCAUCAUAUGACAGACCGCUCUCGCCCCAAAUCUCGUACGGUCACGCCAGUCACAUGCCUUACAAACGGGAUUCUGCGGGACUAAGCAUGGCGGCUCCCAUAUUCGAAUUUCUCUAGCGAAAAAUGAAGUUGCAGAUUCUAAUCGGCUACAAGAUAUGAGGGAGUCUGCGAAAGUUAUUAUCCUUCGGGAUCCAUACGAAUUCAUCCCCUAAGAUGUCGUUUCACAGUCAGCUACAUGUGGAGCGUUAAACCGCUCGUCACCACAAUGGCAGCCUCUGAGUCGAAAUAUCACAAACUAAGCUGGUGGAAAACUCUUGGGUACCGCUGUGCCGCAGUCAAGGUGUACAGGGUGUAUAUAUUAUUGUUGUUUCUUCUCAUAGCAGCACCGUUUUACAUUCAUUAUUAUAUAUCUAAGAUAUCCAUAGAUUCCUACAGCACGGAUGAUGUACGUAGAAUCGUUCAACUUGAUGAUAUUCAUAUCUUGGAAGCUAAUGACUUGAAACUAAGGAUAGAAGAGCUUAUUAGGAUCAAAGCUUCUGUCAGCAGUGAACUUAGGGACCUUGAACACAGGCGACAAAAGCUACAGUCCGAAAUUGUGAGCCUAUCCCAAAGUCUCGAAGAAGUCAAGCGAGAAUCGUCUGCAAGUCAUCUCGAGUUAGAGCGCAUGCAGUCGUCCCUGAAGCAAGCUCUUUUGGCCCAGAAUGAACUUGCCAGUCGCAAUGUGCCCCGCCUUUUCCUUCCUCUGCGUUUGGUCCCAGCAUCUGAAAACAAUGACAUUGUCACAAUGCAUCCUGCUUCAGAACCCUCUCAAGCGUGCCACAUGCACACCUGUUUUGAUUACAGUCGCUGCUCACUUGCAUCAGGCUUCCCUGUGUACUUCUACAACCCUGAUGACACCAAUGUUGAUCCAGCUGUCAAGCGCACCAUCACGGACACACUUAACACCAAUGUGCAUGUGACAUUCGAUCCUGACGUGGCAUGCGUGUACAUUGUGCUUCUAACUGGCUCCCUGCAACACACUUCAGUUCAAGCCUAUCUUAAGGGACUGCGCUUCUGGGGCACAGGCGGUCAAAAUCACCUCUUGCUUAGCCUUCCUGGACACGGCCAAGGUCCUGUGCACACCGCUGAUGCAGAACGGGCAGUGAUUGUGCAAAGCACAUUCCUCACUAAUGAGUUCAGGCACAACUUCGAUGUGGUGUUACCAUCUUUCCCUAAGCAAGAUAAUGACUCUUCACCAGCAUGGUCUGUUGCCUCUGCGUUGGUACCUGCAAGACGGAAAUAUCUUUUGACUUUUCGAGGCGAGCUCAAAGGAAAGCAGAAUGGAACGCAAACUUACGAUGCCAUUGUGAGUGCCUUAAAACGAAUGCAGACGAGUGCCACCGAUGACGGCUUACACCUCGAAUUUGUGUGUGCAGCCCUGGAUCAAGGCCAAGAAGAAGGCGGCGAAUGGUCACUGUGUGGCAGUUUGGAGCAUCGCAUGGUGCUCUUACGAGAGUCGACAUUCAGUUUGAUUAUCGCACCUUCCGAUAUCUACUCCACCACUGCCUCUUCUCUAAGACGCCUGUCCGAAGCACUCCAGUGCGGUGCGAUACCUGUCAUACUGGGUGCUGAUCAUCUGACACUCCCGUUUGCAGAGUUUCUAGACUGGUCGCGUGUAGCUCUGCUCUUGCCAGUUGCACGCGUCACAGAGCUCCACUUUAUCCUGCGCACAUAUGGUGAUUCUGAUCUCGUCGAACUUCGUCACCGUGGACGGCUUGUAUGGGAGCACUACCUUUCAACACCAUCACGCGUGGUGUCUGCUGUGCUCUCUCUCAUGCGUGCCCGACUUGGCAUUCCUGCACACCCGGCGAAAGAAGAGCCAGCCUUAAGCGUGUUCAACUCGACGUUUCGUCCUGUGACCAUGGACUCUCCCAUGCCCUCGGACGUAGAAGUAGAAGAGAGCCUGGGACCUUUAGAACAACCUUUCCCAUCGCUUCCUUAUCAACGAAAUUUCAGUGUAACCAUUAAUGAACAAGGGAAGGUUUGGAAUGAACUGUAUGACCCUCACACCCUAUAUCCCUUUGGGACCGACGAUCCCGUGCUGCCAUCUGAGGCUAAGUUUAUUGGUUCAAGUUUUGGAUUUCGGCCUAUUGCUGAAGGAGCAGGAGGCUCUGGAAAGGAGUUUGGUGAAGCUCUCGGUGGGAAUGUGCCAAGAGAGCAGUUCACAGUGGUUAUGCUCACCUAUGAGAGAGAAGCCGUAAUGGUCGACUCACUGCAGCGUCUGCACAACCUUCCCCAUCUGAACAAGGUCAUAGUGGUAUGGAACAGCCCCAAGCCUCCAUCCUCUGAUCUUCGUUGGCCAGAGAUAGGUGUCCCGAUCGAGGUCAUUCGUGCAAAGAAGAACAGCCUUAACAACCGUUUUUUGCCAUACUCAUCUAUCGAAACAGAAGCAAUACUUUCUGUCGAUGAUGAUGCCCACCUGCGCCAUGACGAGAUAGUGUUUGGGUUUCGUGUGUGGAGGGAAGCUAGAGACAGGAUUGUUGGUUUCCCUGGCCGCUAUCACGCGUGGGACAACAACAAUCGUGCGUGGCUCUACAAUUCAAAUUACUCCUGUGAACUUUCCAUGGUGCUCACAGGAGCAGCGUUUUUUCACAAGCACUACUCCUACCUCUACACGAAUGUCAUGCCACAAGCCAUACGCGACAAAGUGGAUGAGUACAUGAACUGUGAGGAUAUUGCCAUGAACUUCCUAGUGUCGCAUGUGACACGAAAGCCACCACUGAAGGUCACAUCUAGGUGGACAUUCCGGUGUCCCGGCUGUGCAGCGUCAUUGUCUGAAGAUGACUCUCAUUUCCAAGAGAGGCACAAAUGCAUAAACUUUUUUGCUCAGGUGUACGGUUACAUGCCACUACUGUACACACAGUUCAGAUUAGACUCUGUGCUAUUCAAGACACGAAUACCACACGACAAGCAGAAGUGCUUCAAGUACAUCUGAUCAAGUAUGUCAGGCAUCACAAGUAGAGCUGUGCGAAUAUUCGAAAUUUGGAAUAUGAAACGAAUAUCAGAUGCUAUUCGCAACCUAUUUUCAGUAUUCGAAAUUUUCGAACAUGUUUCGAACGUUACUGAAACAAGGUAUCGCUAUUGCCAAUUUGCAAGUGGGCUUUGCCUCAUUACAUUCAAGAGUUAGAUGAAGCCCACUUCAUGUCACCAUCAUUGUACCUUUGGUGUACGGCUCCAUUCUGCAAGUCGGCUUCACCUCACUGUACUCGAGUCUUCGGUGAAGCCCACUUUACACUGUUUACAACAUUCGGUCACUAAAGUCUACAACUUCUGUGAGCUCAUGGUCAACACUGUACUCUGGGCACUGCAUUUUCCAGUAACUGUAGUACUCCCAGCUUUCAGAGUUAUGUUCAGUAGCAGGUGGAAAUAUGUGCAAUUCCUAAAAAAGAGUACGGGAAAUUCACAGUGUAAGAGCACAAAGAAAUGAGCAGAUGCACACAAAGCAGGCUGCAUGGAACAUGUUGACUAACUCUCAAUGCAGUUCAUCCCACUACUGCAGUCUACCAUACACAACACAGAGGGACCCUUCUCUCAGGACAUGUUAUGCUGGGUGAAGAGGCUCACAUGUUUAGAGCAUCAUCAUCGAAUGAGCACAACACCACAAAAUAUUUCACCAUGAGGUAUUCGAAAUUAUUCAAAUUGGGCCUUUUCUGAUUAUUCAAAUUAUAUUUGCCUUCUCAAGAAAUUAUUCGGAUUCAAGUUGCAGUACAAGUGAAAUAUUCGUAAACUAUUUGCAAUGAAAAUUUUGCUAUUUGCACAGCUCUAAUCACAAGCCUGUCUAGUCACUUUGUCUCCGAUGGCGGGCAUGUUACGAGCACGUGUGCCACGUCCUUUUAACCUGAAAGUUUGGCAUUCUGCAUCACAUCACUUCGUUUUAAACUUCAUACCAUCCCUUUCGAAUUGGCACUGAAGUUUGCAAAGGACUCAGUACAAGUGUGGGCACCAAUGCUGUAGUGACUCCUACACAACGAGUGACCAAGCAGAGCUGCAGUCUUGUUAGUUUGUACAGUAAUGACAGUAUCAUUAUUUAUUAGUUUCAUUAGCAUUCAUGCAGCAUCUCUCAUAUUCAGUUUCAUUAGCAUUCAUGCAACAUCUACCAUAUUUUUGUAGGUUUGUAUAUCUUGUGUGAGUUCACCGAGGAAGAAUCUUAGUGCUUUGUAUGGCUUUCGUUAUUUGUUGCAAGCUGCACUACGCAAUACAUUGAGGAACACCCUUGCUCUGUCAUUUUAACAUGUUCUCAUAUUGUUAGUGCCUCUGUAGAACCUCUAUAGAGUGAACCUGCAUAACGCUACAAGAGUUUGUCUCUGCACAGUGGAUAAAGUUUGGAGAAACGAAGAGUGUGUCCACUCACGAGGCAGCAAUAAUGGGGUAUACGUAGACCGUAGGCAUGUGUGCGUCAACCUUGCACUUACCUUAUUUAGGAGAGGCACCUAUGAGGUUGCUCCAUGGGUGUUAGGGAAGAGAGGGAAACUGGAGAGCUGCACAGACAGCUGACCUACUUGCAUAGCAUAUAGUGAAGUAAACCUGUGGUCCCAGUCAGUUGGGACUCCCGACCAUGACACACUGAUUCGACUGAUUUUUGUGGUCGGACCAACUUCACUCACGAGGGGUUCUACUAGAGGUUCGGUAUUGUAUUAUAGCAGAUGAGGUAUCUCAUCAUCACCAUCAUGAAAUUUUCAUCAACAUUGUGCUUCCAUUUUAAUUGUUUGUCCAACUCUGUGGAUCAAAUGUAAUGAUGGAGAUCCAGAAUUCGAGGCAAUAAAAUGAGCUCGAAGA